AUGAGAAAGAUCCUUGAUCUAUUAUUCUUGGCGGCUAUUGCUAAAGCUGUCACUUUCCGUGUCGUUGCUCCUGGUGCCACUGAUGUUCAAGUAUCAGUCAAUGGUCAACUCACCAAGCUUACUGCCUCUGAUCCAGACGUGCCUUACUUUACAGGUGAUGCCAAUGCUUCUCCUGAUUCAAAAUACAAGUACGUGGCUGGUGGCAAUGCUGAGCCUUUUGACCGAACAUUGGAAGAAGGCCGUGACAAGACUCGAAAUGAUUUCUUUAAUCGUUCAAUUACCUAUGCAAACAUCCCUAAGCUGCCAUUCCCUAUCCCUGAAAAUCCAUGGACACGUAGUGGCAAGGAAGCACCCAUGUUUGAUUCCAACUAUAUACCCACCAUUUUCAUGACCGGCAACCCUGCUGACAUGGAUAAUCUUGUCAAGAACGUGCCUGCCACCUUAUACAAUGAUACCAAAUUUACAUUUAUUGGUCCCGAAGAAGUACUUGUGUACAAGGGAUGCUCUUUUGGUAUUCAUGGAGCAGGAAAAAAACACAACAACAACAAACAAAGCUGGAGAUGGACGUUGCCUAAAGGACAAAACAUCUACAAUCGUAACUAUAUCAAGCUACGACAUAUGGAGGAAGACCCAACACAAAUGCGUGAGAAGCUCUAUUCCGAUAUCCUGCAAGCCAUGGGAGUUUAUGUAGGCGAUGCCAAUGUCGUGCGAUUCUACAUUAAUGGACAAGGUUUCGGCACCUUUUGCAUGUUGGAUGAUAUCGUUCAGUAUUCAUACAUCAAUGCAGUAUUCUAUGAUGGCAAACCACCACAACAAUUGGGUCCCCUUUAUGAUGGUGCAUCUGGUGCCGAUUUUCAAAUUUCCACGGACGAGUACGGAUCAUGGAUUCCCAAUCCUGCAAGUCCCGAGGAUUCAAGUGCAUUGGCACCCAUCUCUGAGCAAAUCAAUCAUACGAAUUACAAGGAUGAUAACCAAGUAGCCAACUUGUCCAAGGCUAUUGACCUCGACCAAUUCAUGCGUUUCAUGGUGAUGGAAUUCCUUGCUGGUCAUUGGGACGGCUAUUGGAUGGAGCAAACCAACGAUGGUGCCUACCGUGAUCCAACAGACAACAACAAAUGGUAUUACCUUGGCCAAGACUUUGACGCUACCUUUGGUGUCAAUCUUGCACAGGAUCGUCAAUUUGUUGCUACAUCGUACAAAAACUAUCCCCAACUUUUCCCAGGUGGCGUACUGAUCAACAAUUUGCUGCAAAACCCGCAGAUGCGUACACGUUUUGAAACGUAUUUGAAAAACACAACUGCCAUUUUAUUCAACAAUUACACGCUCACGAAUCGUGUUCUCGAGUAUCAAAAGUUCCUUUUGCCCGAUCUUGAAUGGGAUCGAUCCAUCAAGCAACUCUCACCUGGUAUCAACUUUGGAUGGACAUUUCCUCAAGUGACCCAAAACCUCUGGGAAGGUGUAGCAGCGGGUGCUACACCCAAUGUUACUGGUGGUGCCGAAUGGGGAUUGCUUGAAUGGGUAACUGCCAAGAGCGAAGCUGUGGCCAAGGAUCUUAAUGUUCAAAUCGUGCAGCAUCCAGUGGGCCCACCUGAAGAUGCAAAAGAUGCAUCAGCCCCUACUUCACCAGGGAUGGCACCCAAUGGUUCUCAAUCAGCAGCAGCAGCUUCAUCGUUCAUCAAACCUUUUAUCGGAUUCGUUUAUGCCGCCUUGGCUGUGUCAACCGGUGCCCUACUUGGAUGGUGA